GUGGUGGAGGAAAUGAUUAUAAAAAACCUGAACCAUCAAGAUAAUAAUGUGGAAGAGGAUGGCGAUAGGGUGGUUGAGAUGGAAAGUGGGGCUAAGCCGGACAAAGAGUAUGUUGUAGAGGAAGAGAAUGAUGAGAUGCUUAAAGUCAAAGAUUUAUUUGAGGAAGAGGAUCACACAGGUAAGAGUUUAGUCGAUAUCAAUGGUUUUGACACUGUUAAGGCUAAUGCAGAGUAUCCUAGAACAGAAACUGGACACACCCCUCAAGAUGAUCAAAAGAAUGUUCGAGACAUAGUCAUAUCUGAGGAAAGGGAUGCUGAUACUGGAAGUGUCAUCGACAGUAUAGCCGUAGAGGUCAGAGAGGUUACGGCCAAUGAACAGGAUCUUAUCACAGAAACUGACCUCAUCCGUCAAGAUUAUAAGGUGAAAAAUAUGGUUAGAGACAACGUUUUAUUUGAGGGAAAUGCUAGAGUGUUUAACGCUAAUGCAGAUGAAUGCAUCAUAGACCGUCAAGAUGAUACGGAGGAAUUGGUUGCUGAGGAAAUUGAGAAUGCUGAGAUGGUUACAGACGAAGAUUUAUCUGAGGAAGAGGAUCACACAGGUGAGAGUUUAGUCGAUAACAAUGGUUUUGACCCUGUUAAGGAUAAUGUAGAGGACCCUAGAACAGAAACUGCACACAACCCUCGAGAUGAUCAAAAGAAUGUUAAAGACAUAGUCUUAUCUGAGGAAAGGGAUGCUGAUGCAGAAAUUCGUAUGGAAAGUAGCGCUGAGCCGGAUGAAGAUCACGGUGAAGCCGAUAGUUUAGUCGAUGAUUCACCUGUUAGUAAAGAUGGAUAUAUUAGAAGCGGCACAUUGCCUAAACCUAAAGGGACGGGUAAGGAUGCCGAAACAGUAUAUGGCGUGGUCCAUGUGAAAGAUAUGACCCACUGGGUUGCGAUACGUACACUUUUGAAACAACAAUUAAUUGUUAUAUAUGAUUCCUUACGACCGAGAGGUGACACAGAGAGAUUCCCUGAACCGGUCAGAAAUAUUUGCACUGCAUUGCUUGCUCGGACGGAUCGUGGUAAAUGGCCAUGAAAAUUUCCCUCAACAGGACCCUGGACCACUCUUUACUUGAUGUAUUUCGUUUUAAAGUUCGGUUGUUUUGCAGAACUGAUGCUGAGUAAUAUCUGAUGUGUAUUCCAUUUAUGCAUAUAGGAGUGUCUCGUGUGGAGUAUAUGCCUUGAAAGCUAUUGAUUGUCUGAUUAGGGGUGUUGAACUGUCAAGUAUCAGCGCAUCUGAAAUUCUUCAAUAUCGGCGCGAAAUGGCUGUACAACUGUACAUCCAAAAGUUCGUCGAGCUCUCGAGUGAUUUAGAGACAAAGCAAAUUUUGGAGAAUUUUGAAGAGGGGAAAUCUUGUUCCAAGGAAGAGCGCAGUGAAGGUGAGAUAUGGUCAGGAGAACAAGAGGUCUGUGAGGAAGAUAUACCUAACAGGAUGCCAGAGACUAGUUCUCAAAAUGUGGAGCCUGUUCGCAAGAAGCAAAAGACUAAGAAAAAUAGGGAGCUUGAAAAAUUAGGGAAUGAGACUGGCUUGAACAAUGUUUUUUAUGGUAGAGGACAA